AGGGCAAAUUCAUGCACUUGUGCAGGACGCAGGGCCGCAGCCAUUGGGGCACCACAGCGGGGGGCGGCCGCAGCGGCUCCCGGCCUUAAUGGGCAAUGAGCUGUUUGGGCUGCUACGCCGCUGGGUCUGGCACGACGCCGUUACGUCAGAGCAGCCCCCAGGGGCCCAGCACCCUCAGCUCCGGGAGCACCCUAAGCACAGCAAGGCCGCUCGGGGGGCCGACGUUCUCAUGCCCAUCGACGCUCGCUGCAGAUGCCGGCGGCGCAGCAGUCUCUCCACUCCUCCUCGUCUGCCCUUCCCGGCAGCUCGCGCCAUCGCAGCCCGGCACCGGCCGUCACAGCCAGCCUUCCCGCACGCACCCUGCCCCCUCCUUCUCUCUCGCCUUCGCGUUUCCUGUCUGGGCGGAGGAGGUUUGGCCCAGCGACGACGCCGUCCCCCAGCGGCUGCGGCGAGCGUCAUGGCGGCGGCUCUCUCAAUGUCAGCGGCUCUGAGGCACCUUGUGGCGGGUAGCGGCGCCGCUGCGGUCCGUCUGUCGCUGGCCAGGUCACUGAGCACUUCCACAUGGCGGCUGGCACAGGACCAAACUCGAGACACGCAACUCAUCACAGUUGAUGAAAAAUUGGAUAUCUCUACUUUAACUGGUGUUCCAGAUGAGCACAUCAAAACCAGAAGAGUUCACAUUUUUGUUCCGGCACGUAAUGCGAUGCAGGCAGGAGUUAACAAUACGAAGAAAUGGAAGAUGGAAUUUGAUAACAGGGAGCGCUGGGAGAACCCUUUGAUGGGUUGGGCAUCUACAGCUGAUCCUUUGUCGAACAUGGUUCUUACUUUCUCUACUAAAGAAGAUGCCAUUGCCUUUGCUGAAAAAAAUGGUGCGUAUUAUACACAUGAAAUGACAGCUUGCUGCUUAAUUCUCAUGGAUAUACGUAACUGCUAUAACUUAGUUAAAGCCAGGAAUAAUAUACAUGGAGACUAAGUUUUUUCAGCAUUCUACAGCUUUCAUCAGUAUGUGGUCCAGGUUAAUUAGAAACAUUUAUUGAUCACACCAAAUUGUAUAGAGUUAUUAGGUGAUUCUGCUGUGCACCCAUAAAAAUUGGAAAAGUUGAUUAACUUUUGCAGUUAAAAGGCUGAACUGUGUUAUCUUUUUUUGACUUCUUAAAAUCUGGUAUUCAGAUGCAGCUGGAAAUAGAAAUUUUACAAAAUUUAGAUGUGCUUUUAGAAAGAAAGGAGGACUGUAGGUACCUGGCUUCUGUGCUGAGAUAUAAUUGGAAUCUGUAAGUCUAGGAACACAGUUCUCUGUCCUUUCAGUGAGAACUACCUGAUUUUUACCUGAAUUUUAUGGAGAUUUCUAUGCCACAGUAGUCUUUAGUCAUCUGAUAAGAAUGUUCUUCCAGACAAAGUACAGUCUGCUUUCUGUCCCCUUAGCUUGUGUGAAAAGAGUUCUAGGCAAGAAUUAUCUCCUCCACCGCUGUGGUAUUUUUAUAAAAGUGAGCUCUGCUGUUUGUUUUGAAAAACUGAAGGUGCCUAACUGAAGAAGCCUGUUCUAGAGUGUGAAGUCUUAUCACAUAUGGCAGCCUCUUGCAAUCCAAAGUUAGGUGUAACUAACUGUGGAUUUUUGAUAGCUAUAGCAGCCCAAGCCAUUAUGCUGGCAGUUACAAAUCUCUUGGAGGCACUCAGCGCCUCUCUAUCUAGUGUAUAAAAUGAUGAAGCAAUAAACUGGGGCUGUAGAUUCCAUUCCAGCAGCCAAGUGCCUCAAAGUUAGGUGUUAUAAUGCUGAAUGUUGUGAUACCAAAGUCUGUCUCUGGUUGUAGUUCUGGCUGUUUACUCAAGCUUAUAUUGUUAAUCAGAACAGUAGGCAAAAGUCAGUGCUUUUGCAGAUAGAAGGAAUAUGUUUUCAAAACCUCACCUGUGUUCCAGUGUUUCUUGUGGAAAAAAUCAAUAUUGUUUCAACCUUAUAAUCAGAGGUAACCUUUCUGUGUCACUGGUGAAUACAUGAAAUUGAGGCUCAUUGACAGGACGACCUAUAUCUUAAAAACAUGUUUUGAUGUCUUCAUGUGUACAUUGAGCAUUCUCUGUGAAUAACACAUGUAAAAAUUCAGGUGUAUGUUAAACCUUCUCAUACUUGCUGAGGUUUCAUUUUAAAGCAGAGGAAGAAAUAUGUCAUUGUACCAAUAUCGGAUAUAACUACACUCUUACCAUUUCUACCUUCCACUCAAGUAUUUCAACUUUGAAUGAAAUGUUGCAGCUGAAGAGACCAAACUUUGGAAUACUGAGUGCUGCCCUGGCAACUUUCCAGGCACCUGGAGGCUGCAAUUGAUUUGCAUUUUGAUUUACAUAAACACUGAUGUCUCCACCUCCUCUUUUCUGACAUUUUUUAGCAUUUCUCUUGCUUAACUGUCGCAUAAUUUACUUGUCUUCUAUCACUUCAUUCCCUUCUCUUUUACUCUUAAUUUUUUAUUUCUUAAAAAAAGUUUAGCAUUGUACUCCCUUCUGAUGUUGAAUUCUUUUCUUUGCUCUUCCUUAGCUUGGUCCCCCCACCUUUUCUUUUUCUUUGCCUUUCCAAGGUCUUGAUUCUUGCCCAAACUUUUAGGACUGGACUUCUCUGUGCUACCUUUUCUUUGUGACCUUUUCUUUCUUUCAUAGCGUUUUUCAUUUUUUGUCCCAGUACAAAAAUGGUCAUUGUUCCUUGUUGAGAUUUUUUGCUGAUGACUGUCAAGUUUUCUGUAGGGGUACUGAAAGUUGAGGUAUGCAAAGUCUCUCAAUUGUGUGAACAGGCAUGUGUCAAGUGCAUAACAUUUCUGUAUUCCCUGCUGCCAGCUGCAAAGGAGGAACAUAGUGGAUUCCUAUCUGGAGAAAAAGAUAUUAAAGUUAAAAGGUUUAAGAUGCAUUUGCUCUAUAUUUUAUGCUAUGAAUAUUUAAAAUUCUUUUUUUUUUUUUUUUUAUUUUUGUCUCCCCCAACUGCCCAUCACCAUUUCCCCCACAACUCCUAGGCUGGAACUAUGACGUGGAAGAAAAGAAGAUUCCAAAACCUAAAUCCAAGUCUUACGGUGCAAACUUUUCCUGGAACAAAAGAACAAGGGUGUCUACAAAAUAAGUUGGCAUUGGCUGUGUCUGACUGUGAAUAAAGUCAGCUGUGCUGUAUUUAUAGUCCACGUAUAAUACAUCUCUUAAUCUCCUAAUAAAUUUGACCUUUAAACUACAAA